AUGGCUCUCCAGUCCUUCCGUCCGAGCCUGGUCCGCUGUCGGCAUACCGCUCGCGCCUUCGCUCCAUGCGCGCGCACAUUCGCAACAGAAUCAGAAUCAGCACCCUCAACACCAGAGUCCUUCAAGAUCCCCGCGACAUCAGCCAGCAAUACGAAGACGAAGCCGCGAUGGAGCCAGACGCCCCAAGGAAUGAAAGCUCCUCUGCAACUGGAUUUUGCAAAGAGCGCCCGGAACAAGAUCUGGGCGGUGAAUAACGAUCCCACACGGCUGGACGAGGUGUACAACCGCCUGCUGGGACCGGGAGGUAGCAAGAUGCUGCCGGAGGAACUCAAGUGGCUGGCGGUGACACACAAGAGCUUUGAUCAAGGAAGGAGAGGAUUUAACGACAGAUUGGCACUGUUAGGACGGUUGACGAUGGUAAUGGAAGCAACAAAAGAGAUUGUCAGCAAGGAGCCUCUUGACGGCUCAAUAUUCCCCGACCAAUUCGACAGAACACCAUUGGAGGACGAUCAGUUGCUCUCGGUAGAUAAUCUCAACGUCAUGGGACCCCGAGACAUUAUCGGUAAAGACAAGCUCUACCAGUUGGCCAACAACGUUGGGCUGAUGGAUGUAGUGCGGUGGAAGCCUCGAUUGCCCCGACGGCUCGAGGCUUCAGGUGUGGAAGUGGUAUUAAACUCGGCGCUCAUGGCCAUCAUCGGCGCCGUCACGCUGCAGCACGGAUCUGCCGUAGCGGCGCAGGUGGUGAGGGAGAGGAUCUUGGCACAGGUACCCAAGGAUAACUAA